GUGCAUUGUCAGGCUGAGUGCACAGAGGAGAGGGAGACAGAGAGAAUCCCCCAUUUUAGCUCAACAAUCUCACAGCAGUGCAGAGACAUCCACAACAAUGGCAAUCUGGCACUCACUGCGCUAUUGAUCUUGGUGGAGGAAACCCAGCCAGUUUGGAUGUUGUCAUCUGUUUUUGUAAAUGAAAAUAGUGCUUAUCUACUUACUAUAACCCUUCUGUGGUUGGGAAGAACUGGCAACACAUGUUUGGAUGAAAUGUUGCUUAAAAAUACAACAGUUUGAAUACAAAAAAGGGGGAUCAUGUGAUGUCACAGGUGAUUUCACACUGGAGGGUGGUUUUGUUGCUUGAUCUUUAUUUUAGUUCUAAUCUAUCCCCCACAUGCAUGCAGGCAUACUGACUUACUAACCGGAUCUCCUCCAAGACGCCGCACUGGAGAGGGAGAGCGCGCGGGAGGCAGAGAGAGAGAGGGGGGGAUCGAGCACGCGCGCAAGAAGAGGAAGAGAGAGAGAGGAAAAAAGAAGAGAGAGCACGGCAGAGCAAGGGAAAAAAAGAAAGGGAGUCGAAAGAAAGAGUCGCAGGAGGGAAGAAGGAGAAUGCGCGGCGUCUGGGUAACACUUCCACGCGUGUGUCCAGGGCCUGUGUGAAUACACCAUGGGAUGCAUCGGCUCCAGGAGACUGACAGGAGAUGGCGUGCCAGUCCAAAAGGAUGGCGAGCAGCAUGGACGCUCAGAAUUUUCAUGGGAGGGAAUCAAUCUGUCCAUGGAGGACACCACCUCCAUCCUGCCUCGGCUCAAGCGGAACUCAAACGCCUAUGGCAUCGGGGCUUUGGCUAAGUCUUCUCUGUCAGGUGUGUCAGGGGUCACUCGCACGAUGAAGGAGAGGGUGACCAAGCCCACAGCCAUGGCUCAGGGUCGCGUUGCUCACAUGAUCGAAUGGCAGAACUGGGGUAUGCAGACGGUCGGCGCAGGGGGCGUGGCUCAGUCCCGCAUCACCAACCAGGAGCGAGAGAAGGAGCGGCGGUUAGAAAACGACGCCUACAGCGACCUGAGUGACGGCGAGAAGGAGGCUCGAUUCGCUGCAGGUGUUCUGCAGCAGUUUGCCAUCUCAGAGGCGACUCUUUUAGCGUGGUCAUCCAUGGACGGGGAAAGUCCGAGGUCAGGAUCGAAUCAGGGCAGCGUGGCUCACCUGAGUGAAGUCAACCAGGAGAGCAUCACCAGUCGAGAUCAGAUACUGCACCACUCCUCAGCGGAGGUGUGGCCUCAUUCAUACGUCUCCCAGGGCCACUACUGCCUUUCCUCCUCCGACGCCUGGGAGCCGAUCAAAAACGACACCUCCGGCGUGGCAUCUCCCCCUGCUGGCUCCUACCUGAUGGGCAACGAGGGCUAUGACGCGCAGGCGGCAGCUCACUUCCUGUCUCAGCAGCAGCAGCAGCAGCAGCAGCAGCAACAGUACAACCUCCAACAACAGAGCCAACUACAACAGCUGCAGCAGAUCCAACAGAUCCAUCACUACCAGCAGCAGCAGCUCCUGCAGUAUCAGCAACAACAGGCAUUGGAGCACAGGCUGCACAGUGCCAACCACUCUUUGCAAGCAACGCCCAACAGCACCAUCCACAGCCUGGUUCAUCCUGUCCACCCUCCACUGGUGGAUCUGUGGAACACGGGGCAGAUGGAGGCGUAUCAGGCGGAGGCUGGAGGUUACCAGGGAGUGGCGGCGGUGGUGGAGCCCAGCCUGUGUGUUCCCUCUGGAGAGGACAUGGUGGGAAAUGAGCACUCGCCUCUGCUGGAGCAGCAGGAGGAGGAGCCAGUCAAGGACGAAGAGGUGAAUCUGUGCGUUGACCCAGAAUCCUCCACGCUUACUCCACCCACGCAACAAGGGGACGCCUCGGGUGGCAGCAGUCCGGGUCAAGCGCCGGCAGAGCCCAUCACAGAGAGGAAGGCCUCUGAUGUCUCCACCGGCUUCAUUCAGACUCUUGAGGAAAAGGAGGAAGAGGAGGAGGAGGAGCAGCAGGGGCCACUGUCCAUGACAGCUAAUUGAGUUCUUGACUAUAAAGAGACUCUAAAUACAAACUGACCAAGGCGUCAGCCACAAACGAGCGCGUACUGCAACAACAUAUAUCUAUUUAUCCGUUCCCUUUUCAGGAAACCGACACAGAAAUUCUCCAAGGGAUGCGAAAGGGACAAGAGCUCAUGCAACAAAGGACACGUGUUUCUUUGUUAGCCUUACACCCUGAUGAACUGAAAAGAGGAGCAAGAGAAAGAGCAACACUGAGGCGGACAAAAAAAAAACCUCACUGAGAUAAAGAGGAACGAAUCGGAAACAUGCAUGCUUUUUAUUUAUUUUUUUCCUUUUUUUUAAACACGAGCUAGGUGAUCCUGUCAUUGUCUUAAACGAUAAUGAUAAUCUCCUUCAAAGUAAUAAUAAUAACACAUUUUUUGUAAGAAAAAAAAGCAAAAAAAGUAAAAAAAAAGAAUCUUAAGUGUAAGUGUGUGAUAAGACCUAUCAGUUUUCCCAUGGGAGAGCUGCUCUGUUUACAGCUGUUUCUCAACACGUUAGUAUGUAAUCCAACUGAUUUCCUGGUGACACCAAACCUGUACAGUUUACUCUGACAAAAGCAGCCCGAGAAAUUUCACCGAGGAUGGAAACGCUCUCAGUAAACCUCAGCAUUUCAGUGAAAUGCCCUUUGACUCCUCUAAAAAAAUCAAUUCUUUCAUGUUGUGGCACCAGGUUGCCCGCGGCACAACCCCACCGCACACACUGAACACUGCACAGAUAAGGAUUGUACUGUACAAUAGCGUGCUUCCUGCUCUGUCUCUCUGUAUGCAUGUCUUUCAGAGUACUAUGGAGCACCUGUACUAUACAGCACCGUAUAGACUUUGCACUGAACCAUAGUAUCCCAGCUGGGGUCGCAGUGGGCUUGGGCGGCGAGUUUCACGGAGAAGAAGCAAACAGAACUCCAUCUUUUUUUGCACUGAUGCAAUCCAACAGAUCUAAGGUUGCCUUUGGACAUUUUGACAUUAUCCUGCUCCUUCUCUGAAAGCUUUUCAUCCCCACUGACAACCAAAACCCCAGUCGCUCCACAGAAACAGCUGCCUCCCUCCAUGGGCGCAGGUGAUAACCACUGAAAAUGAAUGUACCGGACAGGCAAUGAGAGGUCCACGCACUCUGAGAAGUCCAAAAAUGGAUUCACUGCUGGCUCACCUAAACCACUACACAUGCACACAAACACACAUGCACGCACACACACAGGAAUAUCUAAAUUGUAACCAGCAAUAUGCAGGAGAACACUGGCUCCUCCUCAUGUAGAUGUAAAUAAAGUACAUAGAAAUUGCCUAUCACUCUCAGUCACAGCUGUUCUAUUGCAGUAUGAUUUCUUUAUUUUUCUACGCCUCUUGAUCCCACCUUACGUUGGGAUUGCGCUCAAGCUUGCAGGUUGUUUGUUCGUUUGUAUGUUUGUUUUUUCUUGCACAACGCCACACAAAGGACGAGUGAAGUGGAGGUUUGUUUGUGUCAGAAGCAGGGAUUGCUCCAUCUGGAGGGCUUUUUAACCCAGUGACUUCAAUAGUGGAGAAGCAGAAGAAGCAAAAAAAAAAAAAACACAACAGCAACAAGUUGAGGCUCCAAGGGCGGGAGCUGCCGCUCAAUCAGCCAAUCAGGGAAAAGACGGGGACUGAACGCCAGACGGAUAGAGAUACUGUGGAUCUGUGUCUUCCUGCUUAUGGUUAUUACUGUGAAGCAGCUGCCUGGAGUGUGACAGCGAUCCCAAUGAUGCUUGAGAUGCAUGUUUUCAUCCGUUUUUUUUCUCUUUUCACCUGAGGAAGAGUGCGUUUCCCAGUGAGCUCGACAGGUGGACUUCCUGUGCAAAGAUACGCGAGCACCAAUGGUAUCUGUCCUCUGUUGGGGAGCACCUUCUUCUCACUCUGAUGAUUGUGUGAGGAACUUUGAUGACAAACGAUUCAUGAUUUUACUUGAAUGAAUUUGUUUAUCGAUUGCUUCUUUAUGCAAUGUUAAUGCAAUGUUUAUUUUUCUACUGACUCUGUGAAUUCCCUUCUGGUAUGAGUUAGAAACGGUGUCCCGGGGGUAAAGCCGUCUUCUUUUGGUUUUGAGGAAAGAAUAGUCAUUUUGGCAGCUCUCUAUUUAAUGGAUUUAUUUUCACUUUGCAAUGAAUGAUCGAUGAGUAAAUGGUUUAAAACCUCAAAAGGACUGUCUUUACCCAUGGGUUCACAUUUAUUUAUUGAACAAUUACUUGAAGGGGACAAAUAAUGUGACAGCUUGUGUUUGAGUCUAUGAUUUCACGUAGAUACCAACCUUUCUGGAAGGGGAAUUUGUUGUUUUUGUUUGUUUUUUUUCUCUCCAAUGAAUUCAAUGUGAAAUUUGUUUGCUAAAAUUUAAUAUCAAAGGGGAACAGAAAAAGUACACUGCUUCAGUUUUUUUAAAGCUUUUAUUUGUUUAUUUCAAUGAACGAAUAAACAAGUAACAUGAAGCCAAAUAUAUUUCUGUGGAUGUUAAAGGUUUACCGACCAUGUGACCGAUCCUUCCUUCUCUUUGUAAUCCCACUGCCAUCUUCUUUUCUGUAACUGUGACUCUUUCCUUCCUCGUUCCCUCUCUGUGUUCUGUAUUCCUGUGUCAGUCUGUCUUUCUGUAUGUGUUACAGUGAGUCGUCUGCUGUUUUGGGAACAAUCACUGCCUAAAAAAAAGAAAAAAUAUAAAUAUAUAUAUAAGAAUAAUAACUUUUUACAAGUGCAAUCCAUAAAUCUGGCAAAAGAAAAAGUAGCUGCUGUAUAAACUGCUGUAAAGGAAAUCAGAAGGCUUCUGUACAAACCCGCAUCCGAUUGGAUUUGUUUUUGAACGGCAGUGUGACUGAUUACACUCACACCUAUGCAUGCUUGCUGGACAGUCGUCACAGGUCGGCUCCUACAUGUGUUUUUUUUCUUUCUUUUUUCCUCCUUUUCUGUCAAAAUCUGUCUGUUUCUUUCUCCUCCUCUCCUGCACGCCAGAGCCUCUCUCCAGCUCUCUGCCUUGUCUCCCCUUCUUUUCCUCCGGUGGAGAAAGAGCAAAUAAACAAACUGACAAACGGCC